UCCUUUCUUCCGACACACACACACACACACACACAGCGUAAAAUCGAGUGUGUUUCGCUCAAACUCGACCUGAGUGCAGCAUCCCAGUCCCGGGCUCCUUCCAGUCCUUCAUUUACGUUAUAUUUCGCCAUGAUAAGGUCCGCUGGAACAUUCUCCUACACCUCGCACUAAAGAUAUUCAGUAAUUUGACAGCCACAGUACAGCACUAGUCUGAAAAAAGAAAUUGGGCAUUUUUGCAAACUCUGCAUCUUGCAUCAAGAUGGCUCUGAACACCGACAGCGACGCACCAACUACUGCCCUAAGUGCAGGGCAGGGGCAGGAAGAAGAGCAGCAACAAACUGAGCAAAUGACCAAUCAACAACCAGAUGACGUGUCUGGCCAGGCUCCCAUAACCUCACAGCCAGUGAAGACGGAGCAUGAAGAUCCACCCACAGACACGGAGACUCCUGCUCUGGAAAGCUCAGUCCAUAUGAACGGCGUGGCCAAAGACAACCUGUCGGUCAUUGAUGAAAAGAUGGAAACAAGUAAUGGAGUUUGUCCCAAUGCUGUGGAUGCUUCUCCUUCAACCUCUUCCCGUUCUUCUCCCCCUCGUCAUCAUCAUCAUACCAAGGCUGGCCAUGUGCAUGCUCAUGGCCAUGCCCGCAUCGGCAGCCGCUCAGGUUCACUGAGCCAUGCUGGGUCGCCUCGGCCCUCGCUCAGCCGCCAGCCCAGCGCUCUCACCGAGAAUGCAGGAGAUGACACCAAGCCUAACGAUUACCUUUUCCUGGCCAUACUUGCCUGCUUCUGCCCACUUUGGCCCAUCAACAUCGUCGGCUUGACGUUCUCUGUUAUGUCUCGGUACAGUCUGCAACAAGAUAAUGUUGAUGGAGCGCGGCGUCUUGGACGCAACGCAAAGGUCCUCUCGAUUGUCUCUCUUGUGGGAGGAGUUCUCAUCAUUGCUGCUACCAUUGUCAUCAACUGGGGACUGAUAUUAAAGUCCUGAGGGUUGCCAUGACAAUCAAACUAAGGAGGAAUUUCUGACCAUCCGACUGAUCCACAUGACCAUCGGCCUUCUCUAACCUGCAUUCCCACAUAUUACUGAAGCACCUCAAGAUUGGGUUUUUUUUCUACUCUAGAUCAAGUUCCUGAGACCAAACACAUUGUUUUCAUCCGCAGAAAGAAAAUCAGCAAACAUCAGGAGUCAAGACUUCCCCAGCAUUCCGAAUGGAGGUAUAAAAUGACUGCAGCCAGCGUAAUCAUAAAAUGCAUGGUUUAUUUUAUUUUUAUUUUGAAAAAUGACAUUUUUUUAAAUGAUGUCAUCAAUGAGGCAUUCAGUAUGAUCUCAUUUUUCCGUCUUAAGUCCUUUGUAUGUGUAUGUAAGGAGGGAGAGAGUGAGAAAGAGAGAUAGAGGAUGAGAAAUCGAGAAAGAUCAGAAAGAAUAAAAAAGCAUGUUGUUUUGAGAAAGGCAAUUUGUUUAGAGAGUCGUAGAGACAUCGUGUCCAUCUGCUACCAAGGCUGCACACUAUCUGAGUAAUGACAUCAGACUCGUAGAUAAAAAAGAAUAGCCUAAUGUAGAUUUAUGGCGGGAAAGGCAAUUACUGAAAUGAUGAAGGAGAGACGGCGAAAUGGAAACGGGAUGAGAAUCUGAUGAAACCAGCAAGCAGCAUCUCAAUCCAGCGCUCUCUACUAGAGACGAUCGGAAUCCCAAGGGAGCAAGACGAUAAAGGAAACUAGCAUGCACACUCCUACGGUGCGUCUCCUGCACCGGUUUGGUCUUCUUAAUAAGUACUGUAUGUAUGUCUGUAAUGUCUUUUUUGACACAUUAUCAGAUGGGAAUUAGUGUGAGACGAACAAGAAAUGCAGGCGAAGCCACACAGAACAGACAUCCCAGACAUGAGCUUCUCCCAGACAUGAGGGCUGACGGUAACUAAAGCGCAUUGAUGGUGUAGAGGGGAGGAGGAAUGGGGUUGUCUGAACUGGGUUGCAGCUCUUUGUUUCACACAGAUGGAGAGAUGUGAGAGAGGGAGGAGGAAGAGGGAGGGGGCAAACUGCUGAUGAAAAGAUACUCUAGAGAUGGAGAGAUGCAAGGAAUUGCGGUGAAGGAUGCAGGCGCACGUUCUGAUUGGUCCUAUAUUUUAAGCGUGUGGUUAUGUGUGUGUGUGUGUGUGUGUACAAGGGAGGGGGUUAUGCGGUAUUCCCCCUGAACACUUUUCUCACCCCCUUCUCUCCUUACCACACCACCAGUGAAACCAUACGAAGAGGAAAUAGUGCAAAGUUACCGGUAUUGUCUUGUUUUUUGAGUUUACAGCAUAUUUUCAUGGUAACAAGACCGGUAUGAUCAUGCAUGAAGGAAUCCCUAAAUGCAAAGAAAUCAACACAUCUGCAUGUUUUCCCUUGAUCGAGUCGUUAUAAGUCAAUUACCGGUGCGAUAUCCAAUUCACUUCUGUUUGGGAAGCUUUGCCAAAACAGAAUCUGUGCCAAGUCUCUGAAAGAUAUUCUUUUUGUUUUUCUCUUUUGAAUCCGAAGAUAUGUGUGUGUGUGUGUGUGUGUGUGUGUAUGUAUGUAUGUGUGUGUGAGAGAUAGAGAUAAUUAAUGAUACUCCUGAGUUCAUAAUAGUAUCAUAAUAUCCCAGUCUGCAACACUGAUGUUAUUUUAACAUUGCUUAUCAUCUUAUAUACAUCAUACUAUGUCUGUGUAAAUGUACUUUCUGUGUGAAAUCUUUCUCACGUAAUAGUUUUUUUAAGUAUCGAAAAAUACUCAUGUAUGUUUACAGUAUAAUUGGUUUUUCCAGGAAAGCCAAAAGCAAGUGACGAUUAAGAGUUUUCUGAAGGUUUUCUGAAGGCAAAGUCCUUCGUUUUGUAGCACUUUUGUAAAUACGUGAGGUUGAUUAUCUUAAAAAAAAAAAAAAAAAAAAGGAACAAACUUCCGUAUGCGACAUGGUUUACAGCAUUGUUAAGCACUAUGACCACAUGCUGGGUCAUGCCAGUGAAAUGCAGGCUUCAGAGCUUGUUCUGUAUUUUAUCUUUUCAAGCUGCACAAAUGAAGUGUUGUCCACUAGGGGGCAAGGUGGCACCAGAGCACGAAACUGGAAAAUUCCAAAUGAAAUAUUCUGGACUUUUGUCUCUUUCAGAACCAAUGAACUGGGUCUAAGACUGGGCUUGAAUGCAACUGGAGGUCAGUUGAGAGAUGAAUACUUUACACAUUAGCACACAUUGUUCAGGGACCCUUUUUCUGUUCCGUUUUACCGAUGGACGGAAUCUAUAAACGUGCAUGUUUGGAAAAAGGAAUGAAUUCUCCAAAAUUGUGUUGAACUGACUCUUUUGCUGCAUUUGACACUUGCACCAGUUGCAACUUCUGCUAUGAGUUGAAUUGUGCACCGUUUCGUUCAGUUCCUUUGCUUCCCUCGAAUAUGAAUAACCUGUAGCAUGCUUACUUUUAAUUCGCAUUAAUCCAAAAAAAAAAAAAAAAACAUACCGUGCAGCAACGUGAGAACCUUGGCUUUGUUUCUGUUCUCUUGAAAUGCUGUAACUGGCUGAAGAUAUUUAUUCUGCCUGCACUGCUAGCUUCCCUAAUGUACUGUAUAUACUAAUGUACAUAUCGAUAUGUAUAUAUUUGUACUGCUACCUUCUGCCCACGUGCUAUUCUAUGAUGAAUAUUAGGUUAUUAGUAAUGCAAUUUCUUGACUGUUAUCACUACAGUGAUUUCAUGCAUUUUCUUGUUAUACUAUAUUUAUCGCUAUAACAUAUUUUUAUGGUAAUGUACUUCAGAAUCGCUGCCUCUGAGUGGACUAUAUAUAUAUAUAUAUAUCCUGAGGUGGGAACUUUGACCUCGAGUGUUUACACAGUUUAUUACAGAAUCCACAUGCUGCUUAGUGUGAAAUUCAGAAGAAGGAAUCAUCUAAUCUUUCAGUGACACCAGCAGAGUAUCAGUCUCUGGGUUUCGUUUGCGUUUCGCCGUGUCUCUUCAUUUCUAGCUUAUGCAAAUCUGUAUUUUUCAAGAAGGAGUGUGAAAAGCAGUCAGUGCCACUUUCUUUUGUCAUUCCUCUCUUCCAGUGAAUGUAUUUUCCUUUACUGCAUAUUCUCACCCUAAUUUGGGGUAAGCCACCAGUGCCAGAGGUUGAUGCUUUUAUUCUCUAUAAAAUUACUGUUUCUUGCAUUAUGACAAGCCCUACCGCUUCUAUAAUCCUGACUUUGUGCAGAUUUGCCUGUGCAUGCCUUAACGGAUUGCUUUUAACCAACAAUAUGUGAUGUACACAGUAUGUAUUACAAGGUGUAUGAUAGAGCCCUACUGUAUGUAUUGAUCUUGUUUCACUUUUGACUGACACUAAUAAUGUUUCAGUGAGCAUUGCGAAUAAACACUUCCUCAACA